ACAGUUCUAUUCGAUUUCUCAUAUAUGAUGAUGACAAAUGAAGUAGAAGGUGAGAGAACAAAUAUGCCAAAUUGGCUUGCACUUCCAAGAGACAUCACGGUGAACAUCCUUCAAAGGCUUGAUACUAUUGAUGUAGUAACAAGUGCAUGUCAAGUGUGUCCUCUAUGGUGGAACAUUUGCAAGGAUCCUCGUGUGUGGCAUACCAUGCAGAUUAACAUGACCAAUCGUCGCUUUUUUUCACGCUUCUUUCCUCCAGAUUUGGUGAAGAUUUGUCGUUAUGCUGUUGAUCGAAGUUGCGGAUUUUUGAUAGACAUUGAUAUUGAGUUUAUUGGCACAGAUCGUCUCCUUCAAUACAUAUCCGAGAAUGCUAGUAACCUUCGAUGCAUGAAGCUGGUAGAGUGCUCGAAAAUUUCAGAUAAAGGAUUCAGCGAAGCUGUGAGGAAACUUCAGUAUUUAGAGGAUGUGAACAUUUCAAAGUGCAACCUAUCAAAGGAUUCUCUUGAAGUCCUAGGCCGAUCUUGCCCUUGUUUAAAAUCUCUCCAAUUUGCGAAAGCACGUCCUUCAUUCAUGUUAGGUGCUGAUGAUACCGAGGCUCUUAUCAUUGCAACAAUGUCAACACUAACCCGUCUUGAUAUUAAAGGAAAUAUGCUCACUAAUGCUGGUCUCCUCGCCAUUCUUGAUGGAUGUCCUCUUCUCGAGUCGCUUGGCAUGGAGGAAUGUUAUCAUCUUGAAUUGAGUGACAGUUUAAGGAAGAGAUGCCUUGAGCAGAUAAAGGAUUUAAGACUGCCAGUUCUUGAUAGCAAUUAUUAUCAUGUUAUGUAUAAUGGCAAUUCUAAUUGCCAUUCUUUAUGUGGAUUACUGUUAUGAGUAUUGUUUAGAUGCUUAAUUUUGAAGGCAACAGAUAUCAUGA